CCACACCCACGUGGUCAAUGUAAGUUUAGUCCACGUGGCUUUCUAGUUUGCAAGGAUUAUAAGCUUUGCCUCUAAUGCUAUGGCGACUCCACCGUCCUCUCAGAAGAAGAAAGGCAGGAAGCAGACACGAAGGAGCUUGCAAAACUCUCCCAGUACAAGAUACCUGCAGUGGGUGCCUUUGCUAGGCAGUCCCAAUGCACUUGUACCCAGCUCCAAGAAGGACCAGUAUGGUGAUAUUCAGAUAGAUAAUGGAGUCUCUCCUAGUUCCCUACCAGGAGGGCUCAUCAGUGUGGAGGGUAGGCUUCUAUAUGCGUCUACAACAUCUACGGCUACCAUUGAUAUUGGUGAGCAUGUGCCCAUCCGCUCCGACAGUAUUCUCCUUCAUCCUCUAACUAUGGAGGCGUUAGGCGUUGCAAUAGCCACGUCCGUCCUAGUGGAGAAUAUGCAGGCGACUGCAUGUAGAGUGUGGCCAUGCGUGAACCUGUCACUGGAUGUAGUGGGUGUUGGGUCGGCUCCCUUGCUGAGUGUGGGGUGUGUGGUGGGAGGUAUGGUCAAGAUCUCCCCCCUAGCUCCUGGAACAACUUUAGUGGCCGGCCAACUGGACCUAGAACCAACCACAACAGAGGACUCAGCGGCGGAUGAAUUGCUACUGACCAGAACUUUUCAAAGCUACCUACUCCACAUGCAUACUGGCUAUUCCGUAUGCCCGGGAGGCUACCUAUCAGUACAGUAUUACGGAGAGGAAAGAGUACUUCAAAUAAAGUCUAUCACUCCAUUGGAUCCGGCCGAUACGUCUAACAUCACCCCAAUUAAAGAGAAACUCUCAGAACAAUUUUCAACUCUCUCUUUGACCUCUGACCCACAGAAGACGGAACCACUCUCCGCCCACUCAUCUCUUAACACCUCAGUCUACAAGAUCACUGCUAAGACCAAGAUAAUCAUUCAGAGCAAAGAAAACAGUCCCAAUUCAUCUUCAUCUAAAACGAAAGAUCAUCCGAGCUUGUCCAGUUUUGCCGGAGCACAGAGACAAGUACAGCUGCUCAGAGAGUUAGUCCUCUAUCCUCUACAGCACCACAAGAGCUCUCAGUCUCUUAGUUUCCCUCGUGGUGUGUUACUGUACGGUCCUCCCGGUGUGGGCAAGUCACUGUUAGCACGAUGUCUGUCCAAUGAAACACAGGCUCACACUAUGCAGCUAUCAGCCAGCCAACUAUCACUAGGCAACCAGGACUCGGAAGGGAAAAUACAGGAGGCUUUCAGUGAGGCAAAAAAACAUGCUCCCACUCUGCUAGUAUUGGAUGACCUCCAUGUACUCUGUCCUCACCGUAACUCCGCCCCUAGUGAGAGUGAGAGGAGAUCCACUGCCGCACUUAUCACGUGUUUAGACUCACUCGAACAAGCCCCUCGACACAUAGUCGUUGUAGCAACAACCAAUCAGAUUGAGGGGGUGGAGCCUUCGCUUCGUCGCCCCGGGAGAUUUGAUCGUGAGGUUGAGAUUCAUGCACCCAGUGCUCGAGAGAGGAGAGACAUUCUAUACGUCCAUCUUAAGACAAUGAAGGACGACAUAUCGGAGGAGCAACUAACUGUGUUGGCUAACUCCGCCCACGGUUAUGUUGGUGCGGAUUUGUUGGCAGUGUGUGUGGAAGCUCAACACAAGGCUCUUCAUCGGGCUCUGAACUGUGAGGGUGUGGAAGAUGUGAGGGUUGUGAGGGUGUGUGUACAAGAUAUGCAAGACGCCCUGAGGGAGAUACGACCUAGUGCAAUGAGAGAGGUGGCUAUUGAAGUACCUGAGGUGUACUGGACUGAUAUCGGUGGGCAAGAAUCUGUCAAGCAGAGGAUGAGGGAAGCCGUGGAAUGGCCACUCAAACAUCCAGAGAGUUUCAAGAGGCUUGGUGUGCGUCCUCCGCGGGGGGUCUUGUUGUUUGGCCCCCCAGGUUGCAGCAAGACGAUGGUUGCUAGAGCUCUCGCCACUGAGAGUGGUCUUAACUUCAUAGCUGUCAAGGGCCCUGAGUUGUUCAGUAAGUGGGUGGGGGACUCAGAGAGGGCGGUGAGACAGGUGUUCAGCCGGGCCAGAGCAGCUGCCCCUGCAAUCAUCUUCUUUGACGAGAUUGAUGCCCUGGCCGUGCAGAGGAAGAGUGAAGGAUCAUCAGUGGCAGACCGUGUCCUUGCCCAGCUACUGACAGAGAUGGAUGGAGUGGAGUCACUCAGUGACGUCCUGGUGGUGGCUGCUACCAACAGACCCGACAUGAUUGAUAAAGCAUUACUGCGUCCUGGCCGCAUUGACAGGAUGAUCUAUGUGCCUCUACCUGAUGACAACACCAGGAGGCAGAUACUCAACAUACAGUUUAGGAAGAUGCCUGUUGCAGAGGAUGUGAGAGUGGAUAGCCUGGUUGCUCACACUGAGGGCUAUUCGGGAGCUGAGAUUGUGUCACUGUGUCAGGAGGCUGCCCUGUGUGCUAUGCAUGAGGACAUCACCUGCUCCCUUGUCUCACACAAGCACUUCAUGGAGGCAUUUGAUGCUGUACAACCUCAGACUGAUAAAACCACUAUUGAAUUUUAUGAAAAGUACAUUUCAAAACGAUAAUUAUUGUGUGGUGA